AUGAAUAUUCCGAUCAGUGAAAGGGCCGGCCCAACGGGCAGCGGUCAACGAAGACCAUCUCGAUCACCGCGCAGUCAGAGAAGUCGAAGUGCCGAUGUUGAUUGCUUAAAAAAAUAUACCGAAAGAAGAAUUGAAGGAAGAAGACAUACGGACGUUGCCGAUACCAGUAAGCUAGAUACGUCAAGAUGGAUACCAUUGGCAAAGAAUGUCUCUCGGGGUCAAACGAGUAUGAAAAAAACGGCACAAGUUUCGAAAGACGAAGAUAAACGACGAUAUGAGAGUAACUCUAAUACGGUGAGGAGCGGUUCGAUAAAGUGGCAACAAACUUCUUCGAUGGAAGUGGACGAACGUAAAAGGAAUUUGCCAAAUGAAAAAAAAGUAGAAGAAGUGCAAGAAGAAGAAGAAAAAGCUAAGCUUUAUGGCAGACAAGUAGCUGCUCGUAGUCGAAGUACUGACGUUACUACAUUCAAAAAAGAAAAAUAUACCGAAGAACGAAGACAUACCGACUGCGGUGAUAUCAGAAUUUCAUCCAGAUGGAUACCACAAAUAAAUAGUGCCAGAUUUCGCAGUGACACGUCAACAUUCGCAAAAUUCACAAAUUCUUACGAAAUUACAAAAAAUGCUGCAACCAGAUGGAUAACGUUCGCGAAAAAUCCAUCGCCGUUUCCAACGCCUCGAAUGAAUCCAGAUAAGAAAACACAAAUGGAAGAGAGUUCACAAAAAAACGAAGAAUCUUGUACAAAGGAAAACAAAACUGAAGCAACAAAAUGGACACCUUUGAGAAAGUUUGCGUCGCCUAUACCGUCCAAACGAAAUACUGAAAAUGAUACGACACCGGAUUUAUCGGAGAUUACUCCGCAAAAUCGCUUGAAAAAUAACGACGCAUCUGAUGCACUUGACAAAGCUAACAAAUUGAGCCAACGAAUGCGAGAUCUUUAUGAUUUCAAAACGGAAAACGAAUGGCCAAAGAGAUUAAAGAACCGACCAUAUGAAGAAACAUGGAUAAGUAAAAGUAGUAGCGAGGAGGAGAGGCAUCCUCCCAGUGGUCGUAGAAAUAGUCAAGAUAUGGAAUUUAACGAUAGAUCGUUACGAAUCAGGGAUACAAAAUCGCAAAUUCAUCGAACGGAGGAAUCGAAGGUCUUCCACAGUGACACGGAUGAAAGAUCAAAGAAAUUCAUUGAAAGGCAUAGCAAUUCGGAGGAUCUUGGAUUACGCGGUACCGCGGAAAAGUUGCGAGCUCAAAAUCGACGCACGCAAUCGGAUGAUUACGACGAGAAAUGUAGGAAAAGGAACAGCUAUCGAUCGGAUAGCAGAGAGGAAGGAGCCCGAUCGAAAGGAGAACAACGCGUACACAUUGAAAACAAAAGAAACUCCGACGCAAGUGAAAGAUCCCAGGAAUCACGCGGUAGUUAUUCCGAAAUUGAGUUUCCUAGUAAAAGAAAUUCACGAACGAGCAACGUUAGUUAUGCCAGUAUUGUUAACCCAACCGGCAAAAGAGGUAGUUUAGAAUGUAGAUCGACUCAGCGUAUUCUCGAAAUGCCACCACGAAGGGCAUUCAGUCAAGGUGAAGGAAGACCUGCCACUCCGGUACCACCAAUCGAAAUGAAUGCAGAUCGUGUCGUUGCUGUUAGAUUGAUCUCGGAAUGUCAAAAGAGAGACAGCACCAGAUACAAGGUCUAUCUGACGUAAAUAAAUACGUAACGUAAUACGUUUCUAAAGAUUUUCUAAAUAAAUUUCGAGAUCAAAAAAAAAAAAGAAGAAAUGAUAGAAUAUAUCUUUCUCGACUCUUUGCAGAUCGAUCAAUCGUCCGAUUAAUCUUUAACCAUACCAAUUUAUUAUACAAUUAGAAUUCAAUAUGUUUCUCGAAAUAAUUACCUGAAGCACUUAAUCCUCGACUCAUCGUGUAUGUGUUUAACAUUUCAUACAGAAUUAUUAUUAUUGUUAUUAUUAUUAUUGUCAUCGUCGUUAUCGUAUACAUCGUUAAAUAUUAUUGACCAAUGAAACGUUCGAUGUAAAACUGGAAAGAGUCGAGUAUUUGUUGUCCUGUUAGAUACAUUGAAAAAUCGAUAUUUUCUGAAAGAAAAAGAAAAAGUGAAGAAGAGACUAAUAAAAUCUUCAGAUUAGAAAUUAAAUAAAAUUUGAAGUAAGGUAAUAGAGUUAUUAAUGUGCCUCACAUAUUGAAACGAUUCCAAACCAUAAAAGUCAAGAAAAAAUAUAUAAAUUCGUGCCUGCAAUAAGAAACAAUCAGGGUAACAGUGAUAUAUAAACGAAAUAAUAAUAAUUAUUAUUAUAUACCUACGUAUUAUGUAUAGUAUUAUAUACGUGUUUAAAGCGCCGUUAUCUCGUUUCAUCAUCUUAUUUUCCACGUGAAAUACUUGUUGAAUUUUUAAAGAAUGAAAC